AUGACUAACGCAGUACAUGUGGGUCAUUUUGGUGUAGAAAAGACGACAAGACUGGCUAGGGAUAUAAUGUUUUGGCCAUCAAUGUCAAAACAAAUUACAGAUUAUGUACUUAAGUGCCAGAUUUGUUGUAAAUAUAGAGACUCAAAUAAAAAGGAACCAUUACAUCCUCAUGAUAUACCCCAAAGACCAUGGCAAUAUUUAUCAUGUGAUUUAUUUACGUGGAAUGGUCAAGAUUUUAUGGUUCUUGUUGACGCUUACAGUCGAUAUUUUGAGUUCGACCUAUUGACUAGCACUUCUAGUACUUGUAUUUUAAGAAAACUUAAGGUACAUCUCAGCAGGUUUGGUAUCUGUGAGAAGUUAAAAACUGACAAUGGGACAUGCUUUACUAGCGAACAAUUUCAGAACUUCCUUAAACAAUGGAACAUUAAACACGAAACUUCAAGUCCCACGCAUGCAAGUUCAAAUGGACUUAGUGAAAUAUAUGUUAAAAUUGCAAAACGCAUUCUUCAGAAAGCUAAGGAUGAUAAUAAAGAUCCUGAUUUGCCCCUUUUAGAAUAUAGGAAUACACCACUUAAAUGUGGAUGGUCACCCGCUCAACUUUUAAAGGGCAGACGCCUCAAGUCGCUUCUCCCAACAACUAACAAUCAGCUUCUGCCACAAAAAGUAAAUCAUUGUGAAGCAAGAAAGAAAAUGGAAGAAUUACAAUUUAUUAGCAAGAAUCAUUACGAUAAAACUGCGCACAAAAUGAGACCUCUAAAAAUCGGAGAAUCUGUCAGAAUUCGAAAAGAUAAGAACUGGGAACCAGCCAAGGUUAUAACCCAGCAUAAUGAACACUCAUUUCACGUGCAGACCCCUGACAGUGCUGUUUAUCGUAGAAAUCGCCGUUUCCUAAACAAAGCUCCUGAACUAUCUGACCUGUCAAAACAAACACAGCAACCAUCUAAAGUCGAUGAACACCAGGAAUCUAUUUUAAGUGAACAAACAAGUCAAAAUACCCCUACAGAGUCCCCACUAUCUCUUGCAAAUGUGCCAGGUAAAUCGAAACCAUUCGCAAUCACUAGGUCAGGUAGAGAGGUGAAACCGAAUAAGCUUUACUGUGGAAAAGACUGGACAAAGUGA